CCCCAGACAGCAUUUCAUCAUCCCUUCGUCUACGACAAGAGUUCCAGCAGCUCACCACCAGCAAAACCCAUCCGGCUUUGAGCCAUGCAAUGAUUCGAUCUUAGACUGGAGCUGCAAUAAUGGCUCCCCCAACCGUGCGAAGGGCACCCUACAGAGACUUUCUGCAGCCCACUUUGCAGAGACGCUUCGCCUCGACCGCCCUGGUUCUGCUAGCUGUCGCAUACGUUGAGUCGCUUUUGUUGUCCCCGUGGAACUCUUUCCUUUGGUCAUGGUUUCCGAUUGGCCCUGCAGGUCUGCGCACCCUCAUAAUCUUCAGCUGCACCAUCUUCAUCGUCAUACUGCGCAUAGCGCACCCCCACCUCGGUCUACGAACCACGAACUCUCCCAUCAGCACGUUUUACCAACAUGCACCCUCGCUCGCUACCUCCGAGACGAUCCUCACCUAUACCAUCUCGGCUUUCCUCUUCAGUCAGGUCUAUCUCUUCUCCAUAGGUGAAAAGGCGAACCUGCAAUGGAUCGUAUACCACAGCGGUGAUCGAGCCCGCGUGAACGAGCGCGCUCUGUUCUAUACCGUCAGUCUCUCACUUUUGGGGCUCUUCGAAGGAUUCAUGCAUCUCUUCUUGGACUAUGACCGCCUAAUUCUCGGGGCAGUCAAGGCAAGAAGUGAGAAGACAGCUGGCGCAUCGCCACCGAAGGCAGAAGACCCGUUUGAGAAGCUACUCAAACAGGCACCUGUCUUGUUGAUACGAUCCAUCACAACAUCAAUUACUAUCGCGUGGACCAAUUACAUCGUCGGCUAUUCCUUGCUGCGGGGAUCGGCUUGGGGCUGGGCCAUGACAUUCUUGCGCCCGUUCUACAAUCUUCCCAAAUCAAAUAUCCCGCCUAGCUCCGCGCCGUGGAGCUUUUGGAUGCUCUGGCGGUCAAUCUUGGCUGGGACUUUAUUGUGUCUGUUGUGGAAUUUCAGUAACACGGCCUUCACUUAUCGACUGGCAAAGGAGCCGGUCAAAAAUGGCAAGCCGCUCACGGCCGAGUCUAAAGACCCCAAUGGCAGUUUACUAAAUGGGUUGAAGAGCAAGAAGCCACGCAUUGCGGCCUUCGCAAUGUGGGAACUAGCGUUGAUAGCCCGCGACUACGAUGAGAGACGGAAAGCCAUUUUUGAGGACAUUGACCGCAAAGAUGGUCCCAUGUGGUCACAGAUCUAUGCGCUCUGUCUAGAAACGAUCAAGACACUCGAGCAGCGUGUCGACGCAUAUAGCAAGCCUGCUGCCACAGAACAGAUCGCACCCACCAAACCAGAAGAGAAGCGAAAACACAUUGUUGAGCCACCUUCCAGUGCAGACGUGUGGCUCAAGGCCCAGCCACCAUCGUCCUAUCGCGGCUCUCUUGGCAAAUUUGUAAAUGACGUCGUGCGCUCACCGGGCAAGAAGCCAUCCGAGACAGUGGUUCCGUUUGCCAUGAAGACUGUUGCAGAAGUCAAGGACCACCUGCUCACAAAACAGCAGCAGGAGCACCUAAAUCCCGAGAGCAUUUUUGGCGCUGCACAGUCAAUCAUCCAGUACUUGGUGCAGGUACCGUACGUCGGCUACCUCUUCCGCCAACCUUAUUCUAACAGACUGGCAACUGCUGUCUUGGGCACACCUUAUGGGGAUGCAAGUCUUUAUAUUAACUCGGUCUUUGCGCUCAGCCAACUCGCAGUAAAGAGUCUGGCCGAGGACAAAUACGGAAACGUUCACCGAGAUGUCCCCGCUAUUAUUCGGACGAUAACCACCGUUGUGAAGAAACUCGAGGUGUUCGAGGAGAAUAUCCCUAUCCACUGGACGGAUACGACGGGACAGCGAAGAUGCGAGCCAGUGGAGGCAGUCUUGGACGCACUGAAGGACGCCCUCGCCAGAGUUGUGGAAGCUUUUGAGCCGUACGGAUCCGACUUGAGACUGACGAGAACGGACUUCAGACUUGCAAAGGAGGCUGCAGAAAAGAAGCAAAGAGCCCCAGAAUUGGCACGGGUUGAAGGCAAAGAGCAGGAGAUGGACGCAAAGCGGGAGGAGCCGGAGACCGGCAGGCGGCGUCAGAGAACACCUGAAAUGAGGCAGUUGAGCUAGUGGCUCGAAGGUUUCGACUGGCAUGUAACUCACCGUGUGGUGCAAGUCUUCUCGAUCACCAGUUUCUACGUUGCUCUUUGGCGGUUCACUGAAGUUGACAUAGACCUCUUGGCCUGGCCGCUUGUCUUGCCGACAGGAUGGGCUGUGUUGAGGCUGGCGACGUGGAUCUCGAGAAGCGACGCGGUUGUGAUAAGGCGAUUGAAUGAAGUGGCCCUCUAAUGGACUACGAUGUGGCUUCAUAGAGCUCCCCGCAGCAAGACGCGCAAUCCGCAAACAGCAGCGCGACCAUGCCUUUCGACUGCCAAUAAAUCGCAGUUGGGUGGUAUAUCCAGGUCCUGUCAUAAUACGGAAACAUGCAAUGAGAUAACGUGUAAAUUGGCU